AGGUGGUGGCUGUAGAAUUUCACGUUUAACGGAUUUCUGAUUAGUGAAAAGUGAUAUCUGAAAAUCCAAGCAAAAAUUGAUAUUUACAUUCUUAAAUGUGCUAGACACUAUCCAGAUUUCGCUGCUACAAUGCUUUGCCGCUGCUGUACAAGUAAAGUCUAUCGAGGUCCCGUAUAUUUAUUCACACAGCUCUCGCUAAUCUUCACACUAAACACACUGGCACACGCCAAUCUGACACCUCCAACAGAGGAAAUGAUUCAAAAUGCAGCAAACAGAGAACCGGUUUUGAAUGCGGGCCCCGAUUUUCACACUUGCUUUCACGGCCAUUGUCUAUGCGGGGCAUUUCUGAUCAAAUGCCAAAUGAAGGGAGUAAGCUUACUCAUCGCCCUAGAUCCAUUGGUGAGCACAACGCUACUCGUCAUAAGCUGUUCUGAUGCGAAAGAGCAGCAUGAGCUGCAAAAAGCACUGCCGGAGUAUAGUUUUUUGCGCAAAAAAGCAAAUUAUAAAUUAGAAAAUUGCUCGGAAUUGCCAGAAAUACUAAGGCGCCCCAAUAUCAACUACACAGGCAGUAUCAAAUUCAGCGGCAAAAAGAUUGUGCCCGAAGGCUUUUUUGCUAAAUCAACAAACCUGCAGCGCUUGAGAUUGCAUGUUGAAAUAAAUAGCAACCGGCUUAGCGCACUGCCAGCGAAACUUUUCCGCAACCUAAGCCAAUUGAAAAAACUCCAAUUGGUGCUAAUAUGCCGACCGAACGAUAUAGCAAUACCAGUGGAGAUCUUCCACACGCUCUUCAAACUGGAAUCGCUCUUGGUGCGCGUAUACCACACCGAACUGGACGAAAUCACAGUUACACAGCUGCAGAAUUUAACGAGCGCAUAUUUUCGUGACACGCGAAAACUGCAAAGUCUCAUGUUGGACGGCAAUUUUAUGCAGACGCUGGCCCCAGCGCUCUUCUCAACACUAACCGAGUUGACCGAAUUGAGUUUGUCCGAAAAUGCAUUAGUUGCGCUGCCUGCAGAUAUGCUGAGCGCGCAACAAAAACUUAUAAAGCUUGAUAUAUCACAUAAUAUUUUGAAGACACUGCCACCUGGCAUAUUUGAUACGACGCCGCUGCUGUGGGAGCUGGACUUGACUAACAACCAAUUGUAUAUGCCCUCGAAUAUAAUAAAAGCAAUAAAGCCGUUGCGUUACUUAUACAGACUCAAUCUGAGUCAAAAUUAUUUCGCGCGUAUUGCAGGCACAGACGAGUAUGCAAAUCAAACACUGCUCUCACGUCAACACAUCGCAGAACUCAGCGGCGCGCAGGAUUUAUUGCGCUAUUUAGAACAGCAGCCUAAUGCAUUAGAGCAGCCGCACAACCUGACUUUAAUCAACCUGAGCCGCAAUCGUAUUGCCCAACUCAGUUUAGAUAGCAUCGUUGCCGCCGGCUUAGUGUGUCCCUAUGAGCUCGAUUUCUCAAAUAAUCUCAUACAAUACAUUUACGCGCUGAACCAUCCACCGCGUAGCUUCACUAGCUGCUUGCAAAAUCUUGAACUCCAGUUUAAUCCGCUGCAGUGCGACUGCACGCUGGCUUGGAUUUCCUCGACUAAUUUCUCCAUAGAGAAUAGCUGGUACUGCGUGGGCCAUAACCCCAUGUUGAGUGAGUAUUCAAACGACUUGUCAAAGAUGUGCACUUGGACGCCAAAGUUUUGUCCGCCGUCUUGCAAAUGCACUUAUGACUCAAGCGCGCUACACAUCAACUGCUCGGGCGCGCAAAUUGAGGGCAUUGGAGAGUUACCGCGUCCAGAACAAUUUUCGUUGACCACCACCACGCUUGAUAUUGCACACAAUCGCUUCUAUGAGUUGCCCUCGAAUUUCACUUUCGGCUACGCCAAUGUGUCGUGCAUCUAUGCGGCACACAAUCGUCUCACCACCAUACAACCCGCGCACUUGCCGCCGAAUUUGACGACAUUGGACUUGCGCAACAAUCACUUGGAACGCUUGAGCGCGAGCUUUUUGCUUGCCUACUUAAAUGAAAGCGUAACACUGCAGUGGCUAUAUCUCUCCGAGAAUACCUGGCUCUGCGAUUGUGAAGCUGAGCAACUGCUGUACACUGUGCGCACGCAUCGUUUACGUAUCCCCGAUGUCGAGGACUUGUACUGCUACAACUUGCCCAAUGCGUCAUUGCUGCAUGUGCCGUUCGCAGAGGUGUGUGCCGCGCCACCAGCGCAGCGCAUAGGCCUCAUGUGGCUACUGCUCGGCGUGGCGCUCGCAAUAAUUAUGCUAAUUAGCGCCUUGGCUGUUUAUUACAAAUACAAUUUGGAGAUAAACGUGUGGCUGUUUGCGCGCGAUUUGUGCCUGUGUUGUGUACGUGAACAUGAAAUAGAUAAGCAUAAAACAUUCGAUGCGUUUAUCUCGUACGCACAUCAGGACGAACACUUCGUCAAUCAUGUACUGCUGCCCGGUUUGGAGCAGUGCGUUCCACCAUUCCGUGUCUGCACACACGAACGUAAUUGGUUGGCCGGCGCCUAUAUUCCCGAACAGAUUGUGGAAUCUGUUGCUCAAUCGCGUCGCACGAUCAUUGUGCUCUCGCAGCAUUUCGUCGAAUCGGAUUGGGGGCGAAUGGAAUUUCGCACAGCGCAUCAGUGUUCGUUGAAUGAAGGACGUGCGCGCAUAAUUAUUAUUAAAUUUGGUGAGAUUACGAAUAAGUCAGCAAUUGACAAGGAGUUGAGAGCUUAUUUGGAUAUGAAUACCUACUUGGAGUGGGAAGAGCAUCCAUGGUUUUGGAGUAAGUUACGUUAUGCAAUGCCGCAUCGUAAGGGCGAGGGACGCAGAGCGGGUAUGCUUGAAUUGAGUGGUGAUGAUCGAAGGGAAUAUGUAGUUGGAGAGGUAGAAAUGAAUCGGUUACGGUGAGGAGAAGGAAAGUGCGAGAGUUACGUGCCAAUGACAGUUGGUUCUACGUCGUUUGAGUAGCGUUCAGCAGAGAUGUGCGGAGAGUAAAUAGGACAAAGAGGACAGCUACGACGUUAUAAACAAUAACAACGACAAAGCCAAAGAAAAAAUGGUAAAAAUAAAUUUAAUAAAAAUAUUUUUUUUAUUAGAUCGAAUGAAUUAUACAAGCCAACACAAAAUGGUGUUUGUCUCCAAACUGAAGGAGACGUGAAUACAUUUUUUUUA